GGUCCUCCUUACAUUACAUUGACAUGGUCUUGUUUGUGUAGCUUUGUGGAAAAAUGUCGGCCAAAAUGAGUCAACAGAACAUCUCAAGACUUGAGGUUUAUUUCCUAUAAGAAUUAGACUUAAAAAUAAACCUUAAAAGAGGUUCAAAGUUAGAGAGAAGAGAUCAAAGAGAGGUAGAAUAUGAAGAUUCAGAGUCUGUUCUUGCUGGCCAUUUUCUCUCUUGCUUAUACACAUCUGGUCAAGGGCCAAUCUUUGUCAGGUUGCCAAACUAGAUGUGGCAACGUCUCAAUCGAGUACCCUUUUGGCACUUCUCAAGGAUGUUACUAUGGCGGCGAUAAUAGUUUCAAACUCACAUGUAACGAAACAAAUAAGCUAAUCUUUGGCGGCAAUGAAGUGAUCAACAUCACGCACAACGGCGAGCUACGUGUCCUGGUUACUAGAUCCUAUGUUUGUUACAACAGCCAAGGGAACCAGACUGGCCGUAGUAACCGGUGGACUAGGCUUGGUAACUUAACAUUCUCCGACAAGAACAGAUUCACUGCAGUAGGAUGUAACACUUACGCGUUUCUCAACACUAACGAAGUUGGAAAUUACUCAGUUGGGUGCAUGUCAACAUGUAGCACUCCUAGGGAGACAAAUGGAACAUGUUCUAGUGGAGGUUGCUGCCAGACUUCUCUUCCUAGAAGGAUCAACUACUUCAGAGUAAGACCAUAUAGCUUUUCAAACCAUACUUCUGUUCAUAGCUUCAACCCUUGCAGCUACGCCUUUCUAGUGGAAGAUGGUAUGUUUAACUUCAGAUCUUCAGAGGAUCUUAUGAAUCUGAGGAAUAUCACGAGGUUCCCUGUGGUACUGGAUUGGUCUAUUGGUAAACAUUCAUGUCAGCAAGUUGGAAGCGCAAACAUAUGCGGUUGGAACAGUGAAUGUUCCAACUCUGUCCGUGGAACCGGUUACAUCUGCAAAUGUAAGGAAGGGUUUGAUGGGAAUCCAUACCUUUCAAAUGAGAAGGGUUGCAAAGACAUCAAUGAGUGUACUACUAGUAGUACUGUCCACAAACAUAACUGUUCAGACUCCAGCACCUGUGUAAACACCAUGGGACACUUCCUUUGUACUUGCCCAUCUGGUUUCAACUUAAAUGCCACCACCAAUAGCUGCAUGCGUAAAGGCAGGCCUGAAUAUUAUGGAUGGACUCAAAUUUUUCUUGGAACAAGCAUCGGCUUCUUAGUCAUCCUACUUGUGGUUAGCUGUGUACAAAGGAAAAUGAAACACAAGAAAAACACCGAGCUCCGAAAACACUUCUUUGAGCAAAACGGUGGUGGCAUGUUGAGACAGAGACUGUCAGGAGCAGGGCCAUCAAAUGUUGAGGUCAAGAUCUUUACUGAGGAAGGCAUGAAGGAAGCAACUAAUGGUUAUGAUGAAAGUAGAAUCCUCGGUCAGGGAGGCCAAGGAACAGUCUACAAAGGUAUUUUACCGGACAACUCGGUAGUUGCUAUAAAGAAGGCUCGUCUUGGAGACAGCAGCCAAGUAGAGCAGUUCAUCAACGAAGUGCUUGUGCUUUCACAAAUCAACCAUAGGAAUGUGGUCAAGCUCUUGGGUUGCUGUUUAGAGACUGAAGUUCCUUUACUGGUGUAUGAGUUCAUUAACAGUGGCACCCUUUUUGAUCACUUGCACGGUUCCUUGUUUGAUUCUUCUCUUACAUGGGAACACCGGUUGAGGAUAGCAGUGGAGAUUGCUGGAACUCUCGCUUAUCUUCACUCUUCUGCCUCUAUUCCAAUCAUCCAUAGAGAUGUCAAGACUGCUAAUAUUCUCCUUGAUGAAAACUUAACUGCAAAGGUAGCUGACUUUGGUGCUUCAAGGCUGAUACCGAUGGAUAAAGAGCAGCUCACAACUAUGGUGCAAGGAACUCUAGGCUACUUAGACCCUGAAUACUACAACACAGGGUUGUUGAACGAAAAGAGCGAUGUUUAUAGCUUCGGGGUAGUCCUCAUGGAGCUGCUCUCUGGUCAAAAGGCAUUGUGCUUUGAUAGGCCACAGACCUCAAAACAUCUUGUGAGUUACUUUGCUUCUGCCAUGAAAGAGAAAAGGUUGCAUGAGAUUAUUGACGGCCAAGUAAUGAAUGAGGAUAAUCAAAAGGAGAUACAGGAAGUUGCAAGAAUCGCUGUUGAGUGUACAAGACUGAUGGGAGAGGAAAGACCAAGGAUGAAAGAAGUAGCUGCUGAGCUUGAGGGCUUGAGAGGCACAAAAACCAAGCAUAAGUGGUCGGAACAGUAUCCUGAACCACAAGAGGCUGAGCACUUGCUCGGUGUUGAAAUCUUAUCAGCACAAGGGGAUACUAACGCCAUUGGCUAUGACAGCAUCAUGAAUGUAACAAGAUUACACAUUGAAGCUGGCCGCUAAUAUUUGUCAGUCUAGCUCUCACAUAAUCUCAUCUAUAUCUUUAUUGGUU